UGAGCAGUCGUUUUUGGAGAACGGCGCGCGCAGUCGCCGCAUUUUGUCGCAAAGAUUCACCAAGGAGAUGCAUUCACGCGCUGCUGGGUCUUUAAUUCCAUGAUUAUGCUUUAGAUGUUCUCUAUACUAAGGAGAUGUAACAUUUGUCACACAUAAGAAUGGAUUCUCUGGACCAAGAUGAGGUGGACACUCUUAAUCAAGCUGCACAGACCGCAAGACAGAGAAGAGCCGAGAACUUCCGAAGAAGGAAGGUGGUCUCGGAGGUUUACGAUGCAGUCCUGAAAAGUGACGCUAGUACACAGACGAUGAAAGAAAAGGAAGAUCCAAGUCAAAGUCGACUUCACAGGACUUCACAGGGACUUUUAUGCUUUACUUUAUUCGUUACCUUGGUGACAAAUGUAACAAACAUCCGGAAGUACGGUCAUCAGGACGAUUCUUAUUACACGGGACUAAUGCUGAACUGUUUGUGUGUGUGUCUGCAAGUGAUAUCGUUAUUCGCAGCUCUGUGUCAGUGUCUUAAGGAAUUUAUGAUUUAUGAAGUACCUAUUUUAAUGACAACUCUAAACAGAACCGUACUCAAAUUAUCAGCCAUAAUCGUAUUAAUACAGAUUUUCUUAUGGAUUUGAAAACCCAAAAAGAUUGUUUUUUUU